CAAACUAUCAAAAUGAGAGCUUGGUAUAUGGACGACAUAGAGGGUAGCUUCACAGCACCACACGAUUCAGGCGUCUCUGUUAAUGCUGACUAUCUGGCUAAAUUGGGUAUCCAAUACACACUCAACCCAGAUAUCGAGAAGGUUGCGAUAGAGCAGGGAUACAAGAACAGGGACGAAGUUGGUAUCUCUAGAGAGGCACUUGGAGAUGAGGAGUACAAGAACAAAUUGAACAUCUUCAAAGUCGAACACUUACACACCGAUAUUGAAGCCAGAUUGAUAUUGGACGGUAGUGGAUAUUUCGAUGUUAGGGACAGACUCAACAAUAAUGAAAAAUGGAUUAGAAUUGCGGUAGAAAAGGGUGAUUUGAUCAUUCUUCCUCCUGGUAUCUUCCACCGUUUCACAACUGACGAUAAUGGAUACACACGCGCAAUGAGAUUAUUCACAGACGAGCCAAAGUGGCAGCCAUACAACAGAUCAAAUGAGGUUGAGAAGGAUCCAUCUCAUUUGGAUUACUUAAAGAGCAUCGGAAUUACUGCAUAAACGUUUCUUUAUCAUUACAGCGUCAUUAGGGUGCUUUUGUGUUGGCCUUAGAAUCCUUUAUCAUCUAACCACCUUUCCACUUCGUAAAGUGAUUGUUGUUCACCAUACUCGCCGUUAUAGAGGAUCAAAUCAGCAUCUGAGUUUGCUAACCUGUGUUUUUCCAGCUUCUCUACGUUAGCGAGCUUAUCCAUAAUACCAAUUCGUGGAAAUGCUUCAUAAUUGAAUGGUUCUACGGGGCUUGGUAAGGCGCUUUCAUUUGGAGAUUUCUCGUCUUCGAUCA